GCGGACGCGGUUGCGCGCACGUCCAAAGCUGUGAGGGUGCGCGUCACGUUGGUAAACGCGAACCACUCUCACUGACAACAUGUCCGCUGCUGCUGCUGCACAGCAAAACAACAACGAAGAACCUGGGCUAAACGGUUCCUGGGUGGAGCUGGAGAUGAACGGUAACACGGGGCCCCCCGCCCUGCCGGCCAGUGCGCCCCCUGCUGGCCCUAGCAAUGGGAACGAGGGCGAGGGCCCGGUCCCGCCAGCUCUGCCUGCUGUGCCAGAGGAGGAGGAGGAGAGCGCGACGGGGGGGCUGGAGCACGUGCCCUCCUCGUCCUCCAUCCACAACGGAGACAUGGAGAAGAUCCUGCUGGACGCCCAGCACGAGUCCAGCCAGAGCAGCUCCUCCUGCGGCAGUCCUCCCAGACCUCAUAGUCCCGACCAGGAUGAGGGUCAGAUCACCUUCGAUGUGGAGAUGUCCAGCAGGAGAGAUAGUCAGUCAGAAGAGGAGGGGCCUGAGAAGGAGAGAGAUGAGGACAUUCUCAUGAACAAGGGCACAGAUUGGGUGGCUGACUGGUCCAGCCGGCCAGAGAACAUUCCCCCAAAGGAGUUCCACUUCCGUCACCCCCGCCGCUCAGUGAUGCUCAGCAUGAGGAAGACCGGCGCCAUGAAGAAAGGGGGCGUGUUCUCCGCCGAGUUCCUCAAAGUCUUCAUUCCCUCACUGCUCCUGUCGCACAUCCUCGCGCUCGGACUGGGGGUCUACAUUGGGAAAAGACUGACCACGCCCUCCACCAGUUCUUUCUAAACGUGAAUGGAAAAAAAAGUGCCUGGGAUCGAUUGCGUUGUGUUGAGACGUCUCCAUUUGUAUGACGAAUGCUGUUUCUCCUACUUCUCCUCCCCCCCCCCCUUCUGUUCUCCUCUCUGCACCUCCAGUCUUCCUCUCUCUUCCUUCCCGUCUCUUUUUUCAUCCCUGGUCGGUCUGUCCCCGCCCUUCUGCGUCUCGCUGGGGGAGACGCACCGGGGAAAGACCCUGGGGUGGGGGCCGAGCCACCAGGCCUCCACCCGCACCUCUUUUUACGUCCCCUUUCUUUCUCUCUUUCACUCAUUCAUUCACACCUGGCGGGUCUUCUGCCCGCUCGUGAGUUGUUGUUACGUUUUGCUUUCGCUUGGGUUUGUUGUGAUGACCGGCUGGCUUUCAGCUGUAAUUCUAAUGAAGCGUUUCAAUCAGGAGAACCUCGUCACUGCUACUCUGAAACUGGGCAGGAGAGUAUCCCCUUCCACUGCCACACUGUUCCUGCCUGCAUCGUAUCGGGAACACCCUGUACCAGGAGGAAGUAUCUCAGCAGAGUGUCUAUUGUGCUGUGGAAUGGGGGGAGGUUGGUGUUUGAGUUACUGGAUAAGAGGUUUGUCAUCGUCUAGGGUUUCUAUAGGAAAGAAAUGAUAAGACAGGGAUGUUAUUUGAAGACAAGGGGGCAUGUGCGUAGAGCCACAUCUGGAGCAGGACCUUUUUCUGAACUGGAGUCCAUUAGACUUUUCUUUGACAGUUUUCGGAAUUACAUCAUGGGCCUUCGAAGGAUACGGACACCCCACCUUUACUCCGCCUGUGUGUGCGCGCAUGUGUGUGUGUGGGGGAGGGGGGGGAUGCGGGGGUGCAUCAGUUGUGUCAUGUGGCAAUAUUGUGGAUAAGUACAUUUAAUCAACAUGUUCACUUUAUUUUGAGAGUGUAAGCAGCAGCCCAGAAGUUUGUGCAGAAACUUGAAGCUGGAAUUAUCUAUAAACCAUAGACUCCCUGACAUAAACCAGACUCUUACAUUAGCAUACUUUUUAUGGUUAAGUCCCCGCUAAAUAUAAACAUGCUGUGAAAUUAUUAUUGCUAAAAUAGUCAUCAUUAUUAUUCAAAUUAUUGUCAUAAUGCUUCCUAGCCGGAUUUAUUACCUCAGCAAAUCUUCUAUUCUGUGGCAUGCUGAAGUUGACAGUACCGGGGCAGAGACUGUUCCCCACAGGAAGUGGAUAAGCAUUGCUUCCUGUAACCACCUCCAAACUGUGAACAGGAAUAGAGCAUAGGUGAUGUCGGCAAGGGAACUGACCCUUAAUGAAGGUCCAUGGAUAGAGCCUGUGAUCUUUGGGCUGUUGCUCAGGCUGAGGGCCAGGGUCAGCAGCAGCCAAUGAGAUCUGUGUUGCCUCAUUGGCUGCUGAUGCCUAGACUUCCAUGUCAUUUCCUGGAUUUUUGAAGUCAUUCAUUCAAGCCGCUUUGUUAUAUGAUUCAGUGUUGGUUCUCUUGAGGUAUGCACAUGAAUACUUAUUUAAAUAUAGUGUCCGGUCUUUCCGAGAUGAAAAUGUAAGUGUAAACAGCCGUGUUUAUUGUAAUGCACACGAUGCUGGAUGUGUAUCCUCACACAGCCACCCUGCUGUAUGGCGCUCUCUGGCUUUAUGAAUGCCUGUCUUUGGGACACACCCACCCGGUGAGUGACCGGUCUUACCCAAUGUCUGCAGUUGUUGUCAUGAGUUUCAGUUGGUUGGUCACUCGCUAGGAUUCAGCUCGUUCAUCUGGCUUCUCGGUAACUGCACUCUGUCCUUGAAUAACAAGUUGGUACAUAUCACAGUUUUAGAAUGAGCAUAUGUGGUCAUAUCCAUAACAGUGCCAAAGGGUUUUUGUUGUCCUUUUUUUGUUGCUGCUGACCUUGAAUGCCCCUAAAUACAUUUAAUUUACCAUCCUUAUAUAGGAGGUGUAUCCAGAAAAAAAGUUUAAAUCAGCCAAGUGAGCUGGGAUAGAUGUGUAUGAUACAAUAUUUUAGUUUAAUGUCCAAAUAUUUGCCAUGACAAUGUAAUUCAUAUACUUUUUUUCUUGCUACGCGUCAUUUUUAGACAUAUUUUCCAGUUUGCUGCUUCUCUGUGGUGGCCAGGUACAGCAAGGUACUGAGGCAUUAAAUAAUUCCUGUGUUACCGCUGUGUUGGUAUCAUAGGCAUAAUGAACAUACCAACUCUCCCUACGCAAGCCAGCUGACUGGGAACUGUGAACUCUCAAUCAAAUUUGAUUUCUUUCGAGAGAAAAUGUUUCACAACUCUUAUCAAGCCGCCAUUUCAUCAUCCCCCACCAACUGUGUUUUAUUUGUGCCUCACUUCGUUUUACACAACUUUGGCUCUCAUUUUGUACAUGCCACAGAGAUGUUCCUGAGCAGCAGAAGGACAUAUAGAAAUAUAACUGAACGCACAGAGGCUAAGGUGUAGCUAUCAGCAGAAUAAACUAGUCAAUCCCUGGCUUCAGGGCAGAUGGAAAAAUGAUUUAAAAAUAUGUUUUUUUUUUUUUUUUUUUUUUUUUUUUUAUCAUCUUCUUGCUUACUGGAAAGGACAAAAAAGAGGCAAUACUGAUUUGUACUGCGGGCAGGGCCCAUGUGAAGCAAAGCACAUACCGAAGUUUCUUAUGGACAGUAAUGAUAAUAAUGCUAACCGUAAUGUCAGUAUGUAAGCUUUGUCCUUUGUUUUGUUUCUCUCCCAAUUGGAAAAGGCAAAUUAAAUUUCUCAAAUGCCA